UUAUAAUUUCUGCACUUCUAGAUAUGGCUCGUGGACAGCAGAAAAUCCAGUCACAACAGAAAAAUGCCAAAAAGCAAGCUGGACAGAAAAAGAAACAAGGCCAUGAUCAGAAGGCUGCAGCUAAAGCUGCUUUAAUAUAUACAUGCACCGUCUGUAGGACACAGAUGCCAGAUCCCAAGACCUUCAAGCAGCACUUUGAGAGCAAGCAUCCCAAAACCCCCCUUCCUCCAGAAUUAGCUGAUGUUCAGGCAUAAAAUUCACUGGUGAAUUCAUGGAAUCUAUUGACUCUUCUAUUGUCAGACAUUACAUAACAAAUCUGCAGCUGCUUUUCUAACAAACUGUUGAUCAGCAAAAAAUGAAGGGGCUAUAGAAACAUUCAUAUUUUUAUGCUGUUCCUCUUGGGCUUCAUGUAAAGACAACUCUGUGUAAUUGUACAGUGUGCCCUACUUGGAAAUCCAGAAAUUGGUUCAUUCUAAAAAUUUUUUACAGUUGUAAUUAUAUUGAUGUUCAUAUUGUGUAAAAUAACUCAUUUAAUAAAAUAGUACUUUGAUUUUACAAUAUCACAGGUCAAAUGCUUGUAGAAAUUCUAUUUCCAUGUUUUAUUUGCCUUAUAAAACUCCAACAAGUGAACUUCUUACCCUGCCAAAAAUUAAGUAGUUUAGUUAGGGUAGAUUCAUUGCUAUUAAUGAAGUCCAUUAGAAGCAAGGAAAUUAUUUCUCCAUUCAGUAUGCUACUUGCUUGAGCCUGAUCAUUUUCUAAAAAAACCCACUGCUUUGACUGAAGACGUGUGUACUUUCAACUGUUUAGUUUUGAGUGCCUAUUCUGGUGGCCAUUGUGAAAUUUCACUCUUUAUACAUAAAGGCACUUGUAUUUUGGAUUUAUGCACUGGAGUCACCUGCAGUAGCAGUGAAUCAUUAUACUAAAUGAUGGGAUAGCAGAAAUAUACUUGAACUAAACAUUGUUUUUUACAUGAUCUGAAUGGUUCAGACUAUAGCAACAUGAAAUAACUGGUUUCUGUUGUGAAGACCCACUGUGUAGCUUCUGAACUGUACUUGUAAGAAGUGGGCCACCUGGCAACCUUUCAUAUAUAAAAAUGACUACUGUAAAUGUUUCCCUGUGAAAACAAAUAUUGAAAAAGCUUAUUUGAAGGAAUAGGAUGGCAUAUGCAAUAGAAAUAAUGGCUAAUUAAGCAUUGAUUAGUUGGAACUGAUUACAUAGAGCAGGGUCGAUGUUAAAAUUUUAAUACCUGGCAGUGUUGCUUUAUGUUACAGAUUUCCCAAAUACGUUUGAGCAGGAUUCUGAUCUCAGGUGCAGAUUCCAUAGGUUCUGCCCCAGGUGCUUUUCAUUUCAACUGAUAAUUUGUGACAGGUUACUUAGAAGCUUUGUUCUGUUGUUUUUUUAUGUUACUGGUUUGACACUGACAGAAAUAUUGACCAAAGCUUGCUUUGUGCCUAGAACAGUCAUCUUUGAAAUAAUUCUCUGAAAUAAUUCUAUUAAGAUAGCACACAUAAGUCACAUAUUUGAUACAUAAAUAAAAUUAUGAUAUAUUUGUUUACCAAUCUGAUAGAUCAGUUCAGCUAACAUUUUCAUUACCCUGGGGUAAACCAUACCAGUUACGUAGCUUUUUUGCACUUGUACACCUGACAUUAGAAUAAAGCUCUUGUUUCAUUUUCUUUUCUUACCUAAUAAAAUAUCCUCAUUGUAAGAUGACAACCAGGUCCCAUAGGCAAGAAAUCUGCCUUUCAAACUGAUAAGGUGUACUGAAAAAUUGAAGUGGAAUGCCUUUUUAAAAAUAAUUCAAAAUGUUAUGUGUACACUUGUUUUGGUGGAAUUCCAGAAAGCUGCUUUCAGAUAAGUUCAUUCCUCAAGCUGAUACAUGUAAUAUUUUCUUUCAGACUAGUUAGCAACAAAUAAAGGGGUUGGGUGGCUUGCUUAUAAUUGUAUGGGAACAAAAAAUAAGUUUCUACUAGAUUAGUGCAACUGACCCACUUAUGUGGCAGACUGCAUUUUUCUGAAUUGCUAUUAUAAGUAGCUUGUGUCUAUGCACUGGGCAAGCUAAAUCUUGGUUUUAUAUAUUAAUUAAUACUGCUAAAGAUAAUUUGUUUCUAACCAGUUAAAGGCCACAAGAAAAUCCUGACAUUCAGCCUAUGGAAACGAAUUGGGUGGGUUGGAACCAUCAGUAGUAGGAAUCUUUAAUUCUCUGUAUUGAUUAAAGGAAUGGGUGUAAGGAAUAAGUGUGAAAACCUUUCCAAACCUUGUGGAUGGAACCCUGUUAAUUCUAGAUAAAAAGACACAAUUGUGCAUUGUAAUGUGUCUGAUUAAAAUCUUUUAAAAAGCAAAA